AUGCCCGUCGAGCAGAAAGAGGACAGAGUUAUCCUGAAGCAUCCAAAGGGAUCGUCCGUUGAGAUAUUGUAUUAUGGCGCGACUGUGAUUUCAUGGUUGUCUGUGAUCGGCCAAGGAUCUGAACCAGUCGAGUGUCUCUUUGUGUCAUCCAAGGCCGCUUUGGAUGGCUCUAAGCCAGUUCGUGGCGGUAUCCCAGUAGUAUUUCCGUGCUUUGGUGCCCCUUCUCAUCCAGAGCACGCUAAGCUUUCUCAACAUGGCUUCGCGAGAAGCUCAACUUGGAACUUUGACUCCAUUGUCGUGGACAACGACGCUGGCGUCUCCGUGAGACUAACCCUAUCGCCUACCCAAGCCAUUCAGUCAGUUUAUCCUCACGACUUUCUACUCAGUUACGUCGUGACCCUGGCCGAACAUCAGCUCAGCACCGAUCUACACGUCACCAACAAGUCAGACAAGCCUCUCGAAUUCCAGGCCCUGCUUCACAACUACAUCCGGGCACCCGCUAAAGAGGUCACAGUAUCUAAUCUACAAAAAUUGAACUACUAUGAUAAGACGGAGGCGACAGAGGAAGCUCGAGCCACUGCCAAAGUCGAAUCAAGGGCAGGCGUAGAUGUCCGUCGUUUCACGGAUUCGGUCUACGAGAAUGCACCUCAGCAUUAUUACGUUACCUGGCCCGAAGGAGGAGUCGAGAUUAAGACAGUAAACUUCAAGGAUGUCGUCGUCUGGAACCCUCAGGCGGAGGCUGGGAGCAAAAUCGGCGAUAUGGAGGUAAACGGAUGGGACCAUUACGUCUGCGUAGAGCCGGGGCACGUUCGAGGAUUCUUUUCUCUGGAGCCUGGAAAGACUUGGAUCGGGCAGCAGACCAUCACAUCUCCCGGAAGCAAAUCUCACUCACUUUGA